AUGGAGCCGAAUAGCGCUUACGAGACCCCCCUUCGCCGGACCGAGCCUGUAUCACCAACAGCCUCUGGCUCUAGGCUGCGCAACUUGUUCCACAACAACCAGCUGAACUCAGAAACACCCAUUAAACGGAACCGGUUUUUGAAUCUGAGCCCUCUCAAGAAGCGAGAUCGCGGCUUGUUCAAAGUUCUGAGCCCUACAAAAGCCAGCUCCGAGCAGCAGGAGAACUACAAGCCUCUGCAGGACAAUGAGCUCGAAAGCACAAUCGACUUCACCGGAGAGCUCUCCAGUUUGCUGACGAGCGACGACUCACAGAACCUCACCAGAAACAGCACGAUAAUCGGACGGCGCAGAGAAGAAGAGCGCAUACGCGCGUCCCAGCGAGAGCACGGGUACUUUACCGAGGAAAUUCCCAAUCUGUCGCACAGCAGCAGCUUGCUCGCUCUGAGGUCGGUGAUCGAGCUCGUCGGUUCGUCGCAGGACGAUUUCACGAUAUACACAGACGACUAUCCAAGCAAUGAGGACGGCGACGCGGAGGAUGAGACCAGUAGCGUGGCAGAGCAGCAGCAGCAGCCAGAAAGCCUGCGACCCCUCCAGGUCGGCGAUCCUCCUUUUCGGAGUAGCUCCUCGUACCAGUUCAGAAAAGUCACACCCGGCACCCAGCAUUACUUGCUGACCAGAGAGGAGUCUGUGUUGUUCAAGAGCAGAAAAUACGGCCCUGUUACGCCGAAAAAGGUGUAUUUGAAGAACCACGAGGCGAAGAGAAACUUCAGCUCUGGAGAGUCGCAGAAAAAUCUUCUCAAAUCGGAAUCCGUCGCCCCAGACUCGGGCAUGUUCCAGCAAGAGGAAGGGAACGAGUCUGGGGACCUUGAAAAAUUCUCCUACCGCAGAGCCUGGACCGGCCACAGCUGCCCGAGGAGUACGGCCCUAUUUUUCGUUUUCGCUUCGUUUGUCGUGCCACCAUUCUGGCUGCUCAUCUGCGUCGGCUACUUGGACAAGACCUUUGGCCGGGUGCCGCUAGAGUACAAAGUAGCCAGCGGUGUGUUGGCGCUGACGGCAUUGGCCGGUUGCGCGAUUGGGAUCGGCCUGGGAUUCUAUUAUAGUGUAAAUUGA